AUGUCCGCGUUGCUGCGCGUCGCUGCGUCCGCGGCUGCGCGCGGCGCCGCCUCCGCCCGCGCGCCCAUCGCGGCCGCCACCGCCUCGCACCUGCAGGGCGCGCUGCUCUCGCCACCUCCUCCAUCUCAGACGCGCGCCGUCUCGCAGAGCCCCGUGCUGCUCAAGCGCAAGGGCGGCGCGUCGGCCCACGUGGUCAAGACGUCGAGCUGGAACCGCAGCAAAGGCAACAAGAGCCACACCGCACUAAGUACGAAGCAGAAGCUCAAGAAGGACACGGCGCCGCACCGCUCGCACCUCGAGCGCAUGCGCGACCUCAAGGCCGGGGAGCGCGCCAACGCGCGCAACGCCAAGGAGUGGGCGGCGCUCGAGCGCAACGAGGAGCUCAACAAGGAGCUGGACGAGGUCUUUGAGUACAUGGACAAGUCCGGCCCGCUGGGCGAUUACGUGUACGAGCCCGAGCCGAGCCUCGAGGACGUGGACGAGCUCGACGCGCUCGCCAAGCUCAACGCCAUCGCGCGAGCCGACCCGGACAUCAUGAAGGAGGUCGGUGAGACACAGCGCGCGGCCGCAGCUGCCUCGGGGGCGGACGUUGAAGUUGAAGUUGAAGGGGAUGGGCAAGUGCAACACGAGCUGGCGGUCAACGACUACAACUUUCUGUUGCGCGUGUAUGCUGUCAAGGGCCUGUAUAAGGAGGCCAACGCGCUCUUAACCAGGAUGGAGAAGAACCUCGAGCCCAUUGCCGCGGACAAGACCGUGGUACCGGUUAAGCCCUCGGACUGCACGGAGCUGGCGCUCAUGGACGCGCUGGAGAGCGUGCCCCACGUGAUCCCGCCCAACGCCAAGUCGUAUAUGCUGUACGCGACAGCUUUAGGAGUCGACGGCCAGGCGGCGCACGCUGUGCGCGUCAUUGGGCGCAUGAAGGAGCGCGGAGUGCUGCCGGACGUGUCAGUUUACAACGCCAUCAUGCGCGCGUGCUCCAAGGCUGGGCGCGUGUCCUGGGCGUACAAUGUCAUGGAGAAGAUGCAGGUGGCGGGGCUCGUGCCGGACCGCGCGUCGUUUACCAUUCUCAUGAACGCGGCUAUUGCCGAGGGGGACCUGGACAAGGCCUUUGAGACCUUCCACUUGAUGCGGACGCACGUGGCGGAGCCGGACGAGAUCGCCUUCAGCUGUCUCAUCAACGGAUUCGCGCGCGAAGGCCGCGUGGAGCGCGCGCUCAACUUGCUCGAGGAUCUGCUGGAGUGCGGUCUUACGCCGUCCCUGGUGACGUUUAACACGCUGAUGAACGCGUGCGCCAAGUCGCACUACUACGCGCACAAGGCCAUCGACUUUUACUACGAGAUGCAGGAGCUGUACGACUACGUGCCGGACCUGUACUCGUACACGACGGUGCUGCACGCGUGUGCCAAGCACGGCGACUUUAUCCAGGCGGAGCAGAUCAUCCGACACAUGGAGCGUCACCACGUGCCCAUGACCGAGUUCGUGUACAACACGCUCUUCAACGUGUACGCGCGCGCGCAGAUCAGGUCCAUUGUGGAUAAGGCCCCGCGCAACCAGAAGGCGCCUCCCCCGCCAGAGCCGAUCUACCAGGAGCCGCUCGAGUGGGAUGAUGAGGGCAACGAGGUGGACCUAACGCGCCCGGGCAAGGAGACUUUUUCGCUGAAGAACGCCAAUUACGACGGACGCUUUGACGAAGAUGGAGAGGAGGAGGAAGGGGAGAGCUACAAGCUGAGUCCGGAGGCCCUCGCGCAGGUGGAGGAGCUGCGGAAGAAGGACAAGGCCGAUCACGAGGAGAUGCUGGCGGAGACGACGGACCUGGUCAAGACGGAGCGGAGUAUGGAGGUUUACGGCGAGGAGGACGACCAUCUCUUCGCUGACAGCGAAGAAUCGCUGGACUUUGAGCUCACGCCGAUGGACCUGCAGGACUUUGGCAAGUUCCAGACGCUCAACAUCAAGCGCGCGGAAGUGCGGUUCCACGAGAUGACCUUCGAGAAGGGCCUCAAGCCGUCCCUCAUCACGCUCAACUCCAUGCUGGCGGUGUAUUCGAACGCGCUGCGUCUACGCUCGGCAGAGGUCUUCCUGGACGAGACGUUCUCCAAGUUCGAGCUCAAGCCCAACAAGUUCUCGUACCGCAGCAUGAUGCAGAUGUACGUGCGUGCCAAGCGGACAACUCAAGCCGAGAAGCUGCUGGAGCGUGUGCGUUCGGAGAUUGAAAACGGCGACCUGGAGCCCGACGAGGUAACUUUCGGCUUCUUGGUGGACCACUACGCCAGGAAGCGCCUGAUGCGCCGCGCGCUCAACACGCUCGAGGACGCCGAUGCGCUGGGCUUGCAGCUGCAGGAGAAGCACCUGAAGAAGAUCCGCGCGCUCACCGAGCGCUACGGCGUGUUCACCGACCUCAUUCCGGAGGACCCGAACGCCGUACUGCUCGCGGGUACGCGCCACAAGCUCAUGGAGAAGCGCAAGGUGCGCGCGCAGGUUUUGGAGUACAACCGCAAGAUCGGCAAGCGCUAUCUGCUGCCUGACACUGUCUAA